AUGGAGUCCGAUGGCCGUAUGAAGGCCUACAAGUUCGUGGCCUACUCGGCGGUCACGUUCAGUGUUGUCGCCGUUCUGUCGGUGGUUGUCUCCCUCCCCAUGGUGUACAACUACGUCAGCCAGGUCAAGAGACAGAUGCAUCACGAGCUCUCCUUCUGCAAGGGCUCCGCCAAGGACAUCUACGUGGAAGUCAACCACAUGAAGAACACCCCAUCCCCAGCGGCCAACCGUACCGCCCGUCAGGCCGGCUACGGAGCUGAUGUCAACCCCGCCCCAAGCUGCGAGGGCUGCUGCUUGCCAGGCCAGCCCGGUCCACAGGGAGCACCAGGAAAGCCCGGACGCCCAGGAAAGCCAGGAGCCCCCGGAGCUCCAGGAGCCCCAGGAAAGCCCCCAACUGCCCCAUGUGAGCCAACCACCCCACCUCCAUGCAAACCUUGCCCACAGGGACCACCUGGCCCACCCGGACCACCAGGAAGCCCAGGAGACCCAGGAGAGGCUGGUACCCCAGGACGACCAGGAUCCGACGCUUCCCCCGGAUCUCCCGGACCCCGAGGACCUCCCGGCCCACCCGGAGAGUCUGGACCCAUUGGACCACCAGGAGAGCCCGGAAUCCCAGCCCAAGGCGAGCCACUCACCCCCGGAGAGCCCGGAGAACCAGGAGACCAAGGACCACCCGGACCCCCUGGCCCACCCGGAGCCCCAGGAGCCGACGGUCCACCAGGCCCAGCCGGACCACCCGGAGAGCCAGGACCAGAUGGAGCGCCAGGAGCCGACGGACAGCCCGGACCCGCCGGACCACCCGGAGGAUCUGGAACCGCUGGAGAAAAGGGUAUCUGCCCCAAAUACUGCGCCAUCGACGGUGGAGUCUUCUUCGAGGAUGGAACCCGACGUUAA